UCACGACCAUAGGCUGUAUGAUCACGACGAGCGCGCAGAAAUCUACACAACACUGAAUAAAGUCCCGUCUGCGCGGAGGAAAGACCAUAUUCACGACGUGCAGGCCAUGGAGAGCCUAGUGCAUUACAGUAACCCCUCCCAUGCUCUCUCAGUGUUGGGGGUUCUCAAUGAGCAGCGCCUGCGGGGCCAGAUGUGUGAUGUAGUCCUGGUUGUGGCGGACCAGAGGUACCAGGCCCAUAAAAAUGUUCUGGCUGCCAGCAGUGAGUAUUUCCAGUCCCUGUUCACGCGGAUGGACGCAGAGUCCCUCAAAGUUGUAAACCUGGACUUCUGUGAGGCUGAUGCCUUCGAGAUAGUUCUGAACUACAUUUACUCCUCCUCACUCUUUGUGGACAAAGGCAGCCUGGCAGCCAUUCAAGAGUUGGGCUACAGCCUUGGAAUCCCUUUCCUCACCAACAUUGUGUCAGCACGGCCACAUGCAUCCUACUGUGUGUCUAGAAAAAGGCUUUCGUUCUCAGAGGGGGAUGAGAAUGAUGUCCAGACAAGGAGUGUCAUUGUGUGUCGGGUCCGGAACGACACAACCCAUCCCUCUCGCUCAAAUUAUCAGAGAAAAACAUCAGAGACAUCAUCAUCGCCCCACUCUACUCAAGAGUCAGCUCAGCCACCAUCAGAACACAACUCACAUGAAUCAGUCAGGAACUCGGAGUCCACCAGCAGGAAAUCAUCUGAACUGAGUGAAGCUGCUGAAAGGAAGUCCACCUAUCCAUACACCUCCAUAUUAAAAGGGAAUUCAUCACACAUCACAUCUGUCAGGCCUCAGCUGACAUCGUCAGUGUCUUUCAGUGAUGCUGAAAUGCAGCACGGCAGGAUGCAGUCAGGCACCGACCAGGACACUAAAGAGGAGAAUGAGGAGCAGGAGCAGCACUAUCACACCAAAGUGCCCUUUCAGGGUCAGGCCAGGGAGCCAAGCCAGACAAUUGACAGGAGCGGGCCGCUGAUAAAAAGCCUGCUCCGAAGAUCAUUAUCCAUGGACAGCCCCGUCCCCGUCUUCUCGCCCACACUGGAGCUCAAGGAGCUGCAAAAUCGAGAACAGUCAGUGGUUAAAAUGGCAUCAAAAGCAUCUGGGCCAGAAACAUCUGCUCAAAAUGGCAAUUCAAAAAAAACAUCUCCUCUGGUUCUCAGGCCAAAGUACCCCAGCAGGUAUGAUGAAGAAACUCAGGUAGAAGGGGAGGUCAGUGUGAAAGCUGAGCCGAGCAGUCCACUCGCUGACCCGAUGGACAUUAUUCGAAUCACGGUGGGAGAUGCUUUGCCGGUCAAUCUUAAAGACUUGCAAACAAAUUAUGAACAAGGUUCCAGGCUAGACUUCAAUCCUCUGGGGAAAAGGAGGGACAGGCCAGACAACAGACGGUACCCGUUCAAGAAGAGCAAAUUAUUUAAAGAACAUACCCUCUCAUUUGAUGAGAACAUGUCAGAAACAGUACCUCAGAGUGCCAGCAGUGACUCUAAUGAGAACAGUGGGGACCUUUCUCAGAACAAGAUUUUCAAAUGCUGGAACUGUUUAAAAGUUUUCAGGUCCAGUGCUGGACUACAUCGUCAUGUAAAUAUGUAUCACAACCCAGAAAAGCCGUAUGCUUGCGACAUCUGCCACAAGCGCUUCCAUACCAACUUCAAAGUGUGGACACACUGCCAAACUCAGCAUGGUGUAGUACAAAACCCAGCCUCAUCCUCCAGCUCCUCUGUGCUGGAUGAGAAAUUUCAAAAGAAGUUAAUAGAUAUUGUGCGUGAGAGAGAAAUAAAGAAAGCUUUGCUUUGGAAGUUAAAGAGGAAUAAGCAGGGAUUGCAAUCUCCUGUACUUACCAAAAAGAGAUCAAGGCCCAGCUUCAUAUGUCCUUACUGUGGGAAAGUAUUUGUGUUCCAGUCUCAGUACAGACAGCAUAUAAGGACGCAUCCUGCUGAAAAAGCUGACCAGGACACAGCAAGUGAGAGCAUCCUCUACCAGGAACAGGAUGAUGAGAUCGGUCAACAGAAGAACACAGACACUGGUGUUUACUCCUGCAGACUCUGUAAUACGAAGCUGUCAUCACUCUUUGAACAGGGCGAUCAUGAGAGAGGCUGUCGCCAUGCAACUGUAUGCCCUUACUGUGGCCUCAGAUUCUCAAGUCCAACUGUCAAGAGGGACCAUGAAGCACAUUGUAAGUACAAGAAAUUGACAUGCUUGGAAUGCAUGCGGACCUUUAAAUCCUCCUUCAGCAUAUGGCGCCACCAGGUGGAGGUCCACAACCACAACAUGAUGACAGUUAAAGAGCAGAUUCACCUGAAGCAACAAGAGAACAAUGAGGAGGCGUCUGAAAUGCUCAGAGAGGAGCAUUAUAGUGAUGAACCUCUAGCAACUGUUAGCUCAAGAGAGAACAUCAGUUAUAGUGACUCCUCAGGUCCACCCAUGUAUGAUUCAGAAGACUCCUCGUCUUAUGUGCCUGAGGACCUGAGCAUGGGUCACCAUGGCAAGCUGGUAGUGAAGGAAGAGCCUUUAGAGGAGGCUGUGAGUGAGAGGGAAAACACAGAGACUGCCAAAACUGGGUCUGAGGAACCUGGUGUGUGGCCAUGCGAGAAAUGUGGAAAUCUUUUCAGCUCUCGCAAAGACCUGGAACGACACCAGGAGCUGCUAUGCCACAUCAAACCGUUCAUCUGUCACAUCUGCAACAAAGCCUUCAGGACCAACUUCCGCCUUUGGAGCCACUUCCAGUCCCACAUGUCAGCUAACGAACCCGGAGCCAAAGAGAUCGACAGACAGCCCUCCCCUCUGUCUCCCUCCCCUCCCAUGACUCCCCAAAACUCCGAGCGUCGCUCCCCACAGGCCACCGUGUUCAAAUCCACCCAGACGGCCCCAGUCCCAGGAGCAAUGGCCGAGGAGUCCAGCAGCCCGGAGCCCUGCAGCUCAUCAGUAAGCAAGAUGAAGAGGCCCGAAGUGGAACAGCAACCCAGCAGCCACAGCCCUCUGUCAAGGUCAAACAGCAUGGAGAAUCCAGGUGGCCCUCAGGAAUCAGACACACUCUUUUACCACGCACCGUCUCUCUCUGCCCUGACGUUUAAGAGGCAGUACAUGUGUAAACUCUGCCACAGGACCUUCAAAACGGCCUUUAGUCUCUGGAGCCACGAGCAGAGUCACAGCCACGUGUAAGCAUCACACAAGUUAUAGCAGUGCAUUUCUCUUCAGAGACAAUACUUAAUAUUAGUAUAAACACACCUCAGCCUACACAAGGAAGACUUUGAAUGUAUAGCUUAUUUCCUUGCCUCCAAUGUCAUAUAUUAUUGUGGCCAUGUUCAAUAGAGGUGUAAACGUGAAUGUGCAAUCAAGUGCUAGAUUCCUCUCUGAGACGAGAUGAUUACAAACGGUUUAUUUUCCUUUCGAAAUGAUCUAUAACGUUUAUCUAUUCUAAACUUCUUUUAGUUGUCUACUUGUAUUUAUCUAUCUUGGUGUGAGAAAACAAAGUACAGAGUUUUACCCCUCACAUGAAAACAGAGUACAACUAUAUACUUUGUUUUCUCAAUGUGGAAAAGUGCUUUAACUUUUGGAGGCUGCAGUUGAAUCAAAGAUUAGUGCUUUUGCUUUUGUAUCAGAUCUGUCUGUUGAUGUGAGUGACAUCCCUUAAGAUUAUAUUGGUGGCCUCAACAAUGUAUUCAAUAUGCACUUUGUUUAACAGUUUGAUUGUGUUAUAGGGCAGUUUAGUCCAAAAUGUUUGCUUGGAUCCUUAAGUUUCAUGAUUGAAGUUUUAGGCUGCAGAAGUAAAGAUGAUAUCUAGGCCUAAUAGUAUUCAUUUUGUCUCUUCAUACUUGGCAUUCCUUUAAAAAAAAAUGAGUAUCAGACUGAUUAAAUAAGACCUUCAGUAAAAUAAAUGAAGUUCUGUACAUCAAACUCACCUCAGACACCUGUUGUUUUAGGCAUUGCAUCCCUAGUAUGCAGCCUUGAUUAAUUGCUAACACUUUUCAUUCAGUGCUUAUAAUUUUCAUACGGGUGACAAAUGAAAGGAAAAACCAACAUAAAGUGUCUUAGUAAGAUGUUUGGCCACUGUGGGACGCCACAACAGCUUCCCUGCUCCUUUGCAUUGAUUCUCCAAGUCUCUGAACUCCACUGGUGGAUGAACACCAUUCUUCUUUUAUCCCCAUCAUGUGGUGUUCUGAUGGUGGUAGUGAAGAGCACUGGCUAACACAUCAGUCCAAAUCUCAACAUCAUUUUCAUACUCAUCAAACCAUCAGUGACCCCUUGUGCCUUGUGGAUGGAGGCAUUGUUGUCCUGGAAGAGACCACUCCCAUUAGGAUAGCGGUGUUUCACCAAAGGAUAAAGGUGAUUACACAGAACAACCUUGUCUUUAUUUGCGGUGACCCCUCCCUCUAAGGUGACACCAGCAAAAUCCCUGCACAGCAUAACAGAGCCACUGUAGGGGUUUAGCAUUCGGGCCUGUAUGCCACACAUGCACUCGCCCCUUGUUGAGGACAUGGUGAAGGAUGACUCAUCUGACCAUAUCAUUUUUUUCCUCAUCUCUGUAGACACCACUGAACUCAUUCAUCUUUGUAAUGAAUGGUGUAUGCACUGCAGCCCUACUAUAAUAUCCCUGUCUAUGUAAUUGUUGACAGACUGUUGUUGCUGACACAGUCUGAUCACGUCCUGCAUUGACAGUCUCACCUGAGGAAGAGUUGCUCUUCUGUUCACCAUCAUCAAAUGUGCAACGUUGACCACAAUUUCCCACCCUGUUUACUGGCAUCUUUCCCUUAGAUCUAAACGCAGAUGUCACUUUAGUCACUGUUCCUAUCGAAACACCAGCCAACUGAGCAGUUUUUGUGACUGAAGGUCCUGUCCCAACACUGAACCCACUUUUAAAGCCAGAAUAAUCAGAAUAAACUGGGCCUUCUCAGCAUUUUCAUACCUGCCAAAGAGCAUGAUGGGAUGUUAACUACUUAAAUGUACCACGCAGUGCCCCUGUGUGGAAGCAUCACAUUUGUUAUGUUUCUCCACUCAUUUAUUCAGGUUUUUUCCUUUAAUUUGUCACCUGUCCCUAUCUUCCUAAUUAUUAACCUGACUCAUUUUACAGGUGAGUGAGACGGUGCAAUUAUCAGUCAUAAGAUUUGAGAAAUUUGAGUUGUGUUUUUUUUCACAGGUAGACAAACAUAACGUUUCUAAUUGUUGCUGAGGAAAAUCAUUUGUAAAAGGUGCUCAGACCAGUUUACUUGCAAGAAGUUGGGAAAAUACCGGUGAAGAUCAUAGGCAGGGUUGAUUUGAUAGUAUCCUAAAUACUACAUAACAUCAUGCAAGUAUUUGGCACAUCACAUCAGCUGCUAGAAUUCAUUCUUAAAUACAGUAAGUCUACAGUAAGUUUUCUUUUAAAAGCACAUUGCAGUAUAUUAAUGCAAUGUAUGGUUAAACUCAAAUAAUCAAUAUGAAAGUCACAAUAUUAAUGUGUAUAUAUUAGACUUGUAAUUCCUGAUUCACUAAAGUCCACCACCCCAGUGCAGUACCAGUGUUAUGUAAAUACUCAUACACUGAUAGAUUUGUGCAAUUAAACACAUGGUAAUUAACCAAGCUUUACAGUGCUUUGAUGGCCUUAUGCAACUUUUGAAAUAUUUUGUCAAUAUUAUUUUACACGAAAGCACAAUACAGUUUCAGACGACUUAUGACUCAGGCAUUUUGAGGUGGUAAAGUAAAGAAGAAGGAGGCACGAGAAAGCAAAUCUUUUAUUCUUCGAAUGGUGAGAGAAUGUUCCUGCUUCCAAAAGAUUUAUUAUUUAAGACUAUGUUUUGAUUGUAUUCCAGUUGUUUCACAGUUGUUAUUCUUGUACAGGUGUAUACUUCUGCUUUGGCUUGAUUGAUUAGAAGUUUAUCAUAAAUUAUUAUGACUGCUACUAUUUCGGAGAUGUUAAAGUUGAACAUUGCUCCACACAGACUAUGGGAAUUUAUUUCCUCCAAAUGAGCAACACAAGCUGCAUUGUGAUGUUAAGUUCAUUGGAGAAAUUUUGUGUUGAUAAUAGUGCUCUUAAUUUCUUGUGAGAAAAACCUUUUUCAGAGUUUCACAGAAAUGAUUAGAAUUGUGUAUAUGGAAGUGUUUGUAUCCUCGAUUUUGUACCAAUUUUGUUAGUACACAGAAGUUUUAUCUUUCUAGUAUUCCUGUGCUCUCACUGCAAUAAUGAAUAUUUGUAUAAGCAUUGGUUGUAUUAUUGUUGCUUUUGGAGACAUGCAGCUGUUUUGUGUUUAGGUUUUCUACAGUUUUUGUGCUUCAUUUCUGUAAUAAAGAGUAACAAUGGAGAAUA